UUUUUUUAGGAACCCUGUCCUUGGUCUGGAGAAGUGAGCCCAAUAAAGUAUCAGUGUGGCUGUCGUCUGCCUUUCAGUGUUGUUCUCUAGCAAGCUGCCGCCACCACCAUGGCAUUUUCAUAUAAGAAGGACUUGAACAAAUACAAGGAGAUUGAUGAAGAUGAGAUCCUCAACAAACUAUCUGAAGAGGAACUCAGGCAGCUGGAAACAGCCCUUGAGGAGAUGGACCCUGAGAAUGCACUACUUCCAGCGGGCCUGCGUCAAAAGGACCAAACAGGGAAGAAAGCGACAGAGCCGUUUGACAGGGAACGCCUCCUCAAAUACCUGGAGAAGGAAGCUAUGGAGUACAAGGACAGGGAUGAUAUAGUGCCGUUUACUGGGGAGAAAAAAGGUAAAAUAUUUGUUCCUAAGCAGAAAGCAAUAGAAAUACGGCAGGAAGAAGUCACAACCCUCGACCCGGAGCUAGAGGAAGCCCUGUCGAGUGCCACAGAUACAGAACUGUGUGAUCUUGCAGCGAUUCUGGGUGUACACACACUGGUUACCAGUAAUCAGACAUAUGAUGGGACGAAAGAGGCUUACAAUAAUGUGAUAAAAGGGGAGAAGCUGGACCCAGUGUUUGAUGAACCACCAAAUCCCACCAAUGUAGAAGAAACUCUGCAGAAGAUAAAAAACAAUGACGGCUCCUUAACGGAGGUCAACCUCAACAACAUAAAGAACAUUCCAAUUCCCACACUGAAGGAGUUUGCCAAAGCUAUGGCGAGCAACACACACGUCACAAAGUUCAGCCUGGCAGCGACACGGAGCAACGACCCCAUUGCUGUGGCUUUCAGUGAUAUGCUGAGAGAAAACAAGACCUUACGGAGUUUGAAUGUAGAGUCCAACUUUAUCACUGGGGCAGGGAUACAGGCUCUGGUUGAUGCAUUACGAGACAAUGAUACACUCACAGAGAUCAAGAUAGACAACCAGAGGCAGCAGCUUGGCAGUGGUGUUGAGAUGGAAAUAGCAAAAAUGUUAGAAGAGAACAGCAACAUAGUGAAGUUUGGAUACCACUUCACCCAGCAGGGACCUCGCUCCAGGGCUGCUGCAGCUAUCACCAAGAACAACGACCUGGUCCGCAGGAGGCGAGUGGAAGGGGACCUGUAGGGGCGGAUCCCUGCCCAUCUACCAGCCAAUCUUGUUGUUUCAUCUCAUCAUGUGGAGUAAUUUCAGCCAAUGUCCUGGUCUCAUCUCACUGUGGAGUCUUAGUCUUGUGCCAAACUGUGGAGCAAGGCACCCCAGCUCAAACAUACCCCUGAGAAGAAGGGAAUUAACUGGAUUUGUUGCUCUCUCCCAUUCAUAUCCAUGUUUAUUGUUAUUAUUGAUGAUAUACAUCGGAUUAGUUUUUAGUCGCUUCUUUUCAGUUGCUCCUUUUUUUUUUUUUUGAGCCUUUAUAUGCUAUCUCCAGUCUUUUUAUUGUUUUAUACUGUGUAAUCUUGUGAAAUAAAUGCAAACAUUACCAAGUAA